AUGACGAGCAAGGAGGCCGUCGUGCUCGGCGCUGGAGUGUUGGGACUCACGAGUGCACUGGAGUUGCGCAAGAAAGGCUACACGGUCACGGUCCUAGCGCGGGACCUCCCCAGCGACCUAACGUCACAGAGCUUUGCCUCGCCCUGGGCUGGCGCGAACUGGUGCUCGUUCGCCGGAACAAAGGAAGCGGAGCGCCGCCGCGAUGCGCACACGUACAAGGCCUUUACAGAGCUGGAGAAGCAGCUGCCUAAGGACCUGCUCGCUUUCAUGCCGUUUUCCUGUUAUCAUGAUAUCGAGAACGACACCGACUGCUUUUGGUUCGGUGACGUCUGUGCCGGCGCGCCAUACCGCUAUGAUUUUCGCUCGCUCACCCUUGAUGCGCCAAAGUACUUGCAGUGGCUGGCGACACAGCUGCAGGACGCCUCCCUGCCGGGUCCGCCCGGCACUAUUGCGCGUAUCUCGUCUGUCUAUACGCUCCAAAGUGCCGCCGCAUUGGUACCCAAGGCGUCUGUGCUCGUCAAUGCCACUGGUCUGGGAAGUCAGGACGUGCGCGAGGCCCACGAGUCAGGUGCCUAUCCAAUCCGCGGCCAGACGGUCCUGGUGCGCGCGCCAAAGUUCCGCGAGGCGGAAUUCGCGCACUGCUACUCCAAGAUCAGCAGUCAGGGCGCAUCGUACGUCAUUCCCCGCGCGCGCAGCGGGCUGGUUAUCCUGGGCGGCACAUUCGACGUGCGCAACACAUCUGUGCUCCAGCCCGACCCUGCUGUGACAGAGCGCAUUAUAAAAAAUGCCAUCGACCUUGCGCCUGCGCUCUUGCCUGAUGGAGUCGAUCCAAAGGCCUCUGAUGCAUGGACGAAGGUGGACGUGGUCACUGUGAAUAUUGGCGUACGGCCCGCACGCGAAGGCGGUGCACGCGUUGAGCUGGAUCCUCACGCGCUGCAGCUAGCCGGGCGACGAGCCAGCCACGGUAUUGCGGCCGAGGUGGGCGAGCUCGUCGAGCAGUGGGAGCGCACGGGCACAGCAACUACGGCCAAGCUGUGA